CGGCAGAAGAAGCUGUGGGAGCUGCAGCAGCGAAUGAAGGCGGCCCGCAAGGCCAAUGAGCAUGCGGUGGUGGCGGAGAAGCGGAAGCAGGCAGCGGCCAAGUCUGAUGCAGCAGCCGGGGACGGCGGCGGUGCUCGCCAGGGCUCCAAGCGCAAGUGGUUUGAGGAAAAGCAGAAGCGCAAGGAGGAGGAGCUGCAGCGGCUGGGCCUGGACCCCAGCAAGGCGUACCGCCUGGACACCGCCGAGACGGCCGAGGCGCAGUUCAAGAAGAAAGAGAAGAAGCCCGCGCCGCAGGGCUGGGAGCAGUUCAACCAGGCCACGCUGGCGGCGGCGUACGAGAAGCGCACCGAGAAGAUCAAACCAGAUCGGUCUGAGUAUGAGGAGGCAAAGUCCACCGACCCCGAGUUCUACCGCACCGCCGACAGCCUGCUGUACGGCUCUGCGGGCCGUGUGAGCGAGGCUGGCAUCGACCGCAUGGUGGCAGAGCUGAACGAGCGGCAGGGCAAGUCGUUCAGCCGGCGGCGUGCGUUCCGCGAGGACAAGGAUGUGGACUACAUCAACGAUCGCAACGCGCACUUCAAUAAGAAGAUCGAGCGCGCCUUUGGCACGCACACCGCCGAGAUCAAGGCAAAUCUGGAGCGGGGCACUGCACUGCCAGACCUGCGCUAGCACGGCUGGCCGUGGUGGACUUGGAGCGAACAAUGGCCGUGUUUUGUGCUGCUGCCCCUGCUUGUAGGUUCGAUUCAGCUUGGUUGCGACUUCGAUUCAGCUUGAUGCGUCAAUACCGUUACAGGAUGCGCUAGACACCCACUUGUUCCUGUUCACUUCACGUUUGCUGGCAAUCUCCUAUUUCCCCUUUGCUGUUUGUUGUCCUUGCUGCCCAUGCUACCACGUUUUGCUUCACACACUUGAAGACAGGCUGUGUUUUUUGGCGGGAAUUUGCCUGGCCAACUGUAAGACAACACAAAGG